AUGACAAUGAAGAAUACAGAAUCACUCGCCAAUUCCUCCAACGAAUUUUAUUGCCCGAAUUCACCAGAAUACAUCUGGGACUUACAUCACACAACUUCUUUUAAGAUCAUAGUUGCCAUCACGACCAUUGCUUGUCUCGUUAUCAUUCUGUUAAACCUCUUGGUGAUAAUAGCAGUGAAGACGAGAAGAGAAUUGGAGAAGAAUUCAAACAUCCUGCUCUCUGGUGUGGCCUUAACUGAUCUUUUGGUGGGUGUUGUAUCUAUGCCACUGUCUAUCACGUUAGACACGUUGGUUAUCAAGAGAGUUUUAGUUGUGGAUAUUAUACGUAUGAUAGACUUAAUAAGUGUCUCUGUACCGCAUAUUGGUUGCCGGGCGUCUUUUUUUCAUUUAAUCCUAAUUGCUUGGGAGAGGUAUGUGGCGAUAGCAAAAUGGAUGGAGUGCAAGGCUAUUGUUACAAGAGGCCGUCUAAACGAGUGCAGGAGAGUUGCAUGGCUGUUGGCAUUACUAAUAGUUGUUCCAGUAGUUAUAAUGGGAGCUGCUAGCGUUCCGUAUGAACUUAUAUUAGUCGUAGACAUCAUUUUGAGCAUUUUCUGGUUUGUCUGCUUAUCGCUGAUAGCAUACUUUUACGUCAAGGUUUAUUUCGCAGUACGAGAAUGGAACCGAACGCGAAUCCGCCCAGUAAAUGUUCUGGUUAAAGGGAAGCUUGAAAGCAAGUUCGCUUACACGACUUUCUAA